AUGACAAACAAACCCGCCACCUCCAACAAGCCGCCCGAUUUCAAGUCCGUCAAGCCGACCGCCCGCAAGCGCGCCGCCCUAGCCCACGCCUCCGACGCCCGCGUGCGCCGCUCCUCGCAAUACACCGCCUCGGCCACGCUGCUCCACACCGACGCCCCGGGCCAUCUGCAACCGGAAACCCCCCUCGAGCGCACCUACAAGCUCCGCCAAACUUCCCUCCUCCCCAGCGUCGACCCCGCCACCGCCUCCAAGGCCUCCUUCACCCUCGACCUGUCCGCCUCGCGCCUCACCCCGUACCACACCGCCACCUACUCCCGCUCCGGCAACUCCCUGCUGCUCGCCAGCGCCAAGGGCCACGUCUCCGUCACCGCCUGGCGGGAAACCCGCCUGCGCACCGAGCUCUUCCUCAACGAAACCGUCCGCGCCGCCGCCUUCCUCCACUCGGACCACUACUUUGCCCUCGCCCAGCGCAACCACGCCUACAUCUACGACUCCUCCGGCGCCCAGCUCCACGUCCUGCGCAACCACCGCGAGCCGGGCGUCCUCCGCUUCCUGCCGUACCACAUGCUGCUCGCCUCCGCCUCCGCCCCGGAGGCCCCGCACAAGAAGCUCGUCUACACGGACACAUCCACGGGCUCCACCGUGGCCGAGCUCGACUUUGGCGGCCGCCACCUCAAGCUCGGAGCCGCGCGCCACGCCGCGCUCAACCACGCCAACGCCGUCUUGCACAUGGCCCACGCCGCCGGUGUCGUCAGCUUGUGGUCGCCCGCCAACCCGCGCCCACUCGCCCAGAUCUUCGCCCACCCCGGAGGCGUGCGCCAGGUCGCCGUGGCCCCGGACGGCACCUGGAUGGUCACCGCGGGCGCGGAUUGCAUCGUCAAGACCUGGGACUUGCGGACGUACAAGUGCGCGGCGACGUGGCGCGUCCCGGCCCAGACGACGGCCUUGGAGGUGUCGCAGAGGGGGUUGGUGGGACUUGCGUUUGGGGCAAAAGCGCAGGUGUGGAUGGAGGGCAAGGACGGGUGGGGGAGGACGCCUUAUAUGUCGCAGCCGUACGCGGGGAAGAGGGUGACGGGGCUGGAGUUUUGUCCGUUUGAGGAUUUGAUGGCCGUUUGUUGGGAAACGGGGGUUGGGAAAAUGGUGGUCCCUGGGGCUGGGGAGGCUGUGUUUGAUUCGGGAGCUCCAAACCCGUAUGACACUAAGAGGCAGACGAGGGAGAGAGAAGUGAGGGGUUUGUUGGAUAAACUACCGAUGGGGAGUAUUGUCCUGGAUACGAGUGAUAUAGGUGGUAUUGAGAAAGACGGCAGGGCAAGGUUGAGGGAGAUUAGAGAUAGGGGGAGGGAGGCGAAUGCGGAGAAGAGGAAGAAGAAGCUGGAGGUGAAGAGGGGAAAGGGGCGGAAUAAAAUCUCCAAGAGGCUGCGAAGGAGGCAGGCGAACGUGAUUGAUGAGAAGAGGUUGGCAAUGCAGGACAAGCUGGAGCAGCAAAGGAAGACUCGCGAGGCGGCCAGGAAAGUGAAGGAGAAGAGAGAUAGAGAGGCGCGGGAAGGCGUAGGGGAGGGAGGAUUAAGCGUUAGACAGGUGCCAGAAGCGCUGAAAAGGUUCUUGCCAAAGAGUGAGAGAUAG